AUGAUUUCGCCGCCGCACUCACCACGGACGCUACACGUCUGUCGCCGCCGCCACCUGCUGCUCUUUGUCUCCGCAGCAUCGGUCUCUCUCGUCAGCCUCAUUGGUGCGCCAUGCCGUCAAGCGCUGCUCGACUCCCUCGACUCUGUAGUGUGGUCGCUCAAGGCGGCGACUGAAUGGCGCGUACGGGCGCUGCUGGACUCGGAGCCGCUUGCCGGCGACCCGCGCACCAUUUCGCUGCCGCUCGACGACGGCUGCCACGCGCCCGCCUCGCGGCCCGCCGAGGUGAGCCCGCCCCUCAACCUUACCGCGGCAAAGCUGCUGAUGCAGCUCAACGCGGUUUUGCUGUGCAGCGUGGGCGGGAUUCAGACGUGGAGCUGCGGCCGCUGCGACGCCGUGGCGCCGCCUCCGCUCAACACGACUCUCCUCGCCUCGAGCUGCAACCCGGGGAUGCCGAGCUGCGAGGCGUACUGGAAGGCGGCCUCGCUCGUGGGCGAGGUUGCCCGCUUCGCCACCCAGGCGCCGCCUGUCGAGGACGGGCCGGAGCUCGCCGCGCUGCUCGUGCUGCCCCAGGAGCGGUGGGUGGUGGUCGCCUUUCGCGGGACGAGAGACCUCGACGCGGGAGCGUGGAUGACCAACUUCCAGACGUGGCAGGACGACGUGGCGGGCGGGUCGUGCGGCGAGAGGGUGCACCACGGCUGGGGCGAGAGCUGGGUGCAGCUGCGGGGGCGCGUGAGGCAGGGCGUGGAGGCGCUCCUCGCCGAGCACCCGACGUACCGGCUGGUCGUCACCGGCCACUCCUGCGGCGCCUCGCUCGCGACGCUGAUGGCGGCCGAGUGGGCGGCCGACGGCUCCCUCUCCGCCCUCUCGCCGCCGCCCCUCCUCUACAGCUUCGCCUCCCCGCGGGUGGGCAACGCCGCCUUUGCGGCGAGCGUGGACGCCACCCUCGCGCGGCGCGGCCUAACGCUGUGGCGCGUAGUCAACCAGCGCGACUCGAUCCCGCACGUGCCGCCCGACGUGGCCUCCUUGACCCCCCUCACGCACGCGCACGCACGCGGCGCGCGCCGCCUCGCACCGGAACCGCACCAGCCGCAGUCGCAGUGGCAGCACGCCGGCACGCAGGUCUGGCUGACGCCCGACUCGGGAGGCACCGAGGCGGAGGUGUGCGCAGCCGGAUCCUGCAAUGACGCCGUGCCCGGCUACAGGCUCUCCAUCCUCGACCACACCACCUACUUUGGGGUGAGCUCUGCGGGAUCGAACUGCUGA